AGAUCCACUCCGGUAUUCAGUGCAUUCAUAGCUGGCAUCCCUCACGUUCUUGAUAGGAAUCCUGAAUGGGGAAAAGAGAUACUACCUCUAACUCUUCAAUUGUUGUUAUUCUGUCCUGCUCCGGAAGUUGUGAAUAAAAGUCGUAAACCUAACUACACCCUAGGCAUACUAGAGACUCAUGUCAGACAUUCAUGGCUCAUGACUUUAUUGAUAUACUUGUAUAAGGUGAGGGCAUGCGUGUGAAAACGCAUUAAUUUACGAUAUGACAUGAUGAAAUACACGCUUCCAAAAAGUACAUCCCCUUGGCUAUAGAAUCUCGUUUUCGUGAGUGAGACGCUGACCUUAACUAAUCUCAAAUACUUGAAAACGAGGCUCUAUUCUUUAGCCAAAGUGACAUAUUUUUCGGAAGGCUGUAUUCUUCAAUCAGUAAUGAUUUCUUUUGGAAGGGCGGGGGUGAGGUGCGCCCUUAAUUGGCAGGGUUAUUUUCCACUUACUUUAUUUUCUCACUUUUUGGUGUCUGACUAUCUGGGUUAUCUUUAUACCAUUACCUGUACCAUUAACUUUCCUGUGGCAAUUAGCAGGCAAGUGUGUUAAUUAACAAAUGAUACUGAUAGUAAGACUGAUAGUAAGAUGUCUAAUUGAAAAAAAUUGGAAGUGUAAAAAGAUAUAAUCUAUUUUGUAUCUUCUGUUUCUAAAAUCUUUAUCUAUUUAGUACGACAUUGACAACCACAAGGAACUAACCAAAAACCUUAUUCAGAUUGUAAUGAAUACAAUCAACGUACAAAAUCACGAAUGUUCUGACGAGUAUGCGCAGAAAGUAGGUCGCAGUUUGUCGGGCGUUGAUGACCAGGAUCUACCCGUACCCAGGCCUCAACCGUCAGCGCGACGUGGGACAUUGGCCGCCAUAUUUGGAUCAGGGGGGAGCGAAUCAAGCACGGCUGUUUCGCCGUCUGAGAGUGAGCCUGUAAACGGAAUAAGACGAAAAGGUUCGACUUAAUUCAUUUUAAUUUAUUCGACCGCUUUUUUGUAUAAAUUUAGAUUAGUUUUUCAUAGGACCGUGAACGUCUUUAUCGAUUGUCCCCUCUUUCGAUCGUGGUGGCCCUGUAUAUAAAAUAUCUCGUGCAUUGGUGCCUUCUUUCUCCCGUGAACAUCUAUUGAAUAAUAUGUUUCCCAAUGCGAAAGUAGUUCUUUGGAAGCGACUGAAGCAUGAUUCAAUCAUAUCUCUUUUUCCCAAUAUACAUUAGAGCAUAUGUAUUUUAUUUUUGCAAUCGAGGUUCAUUUACUGCUUUGCCUCGUUGCAUGAUAAAAUAAUUUCGAGGAGUGAUUUAUUGAAUCGAGUGAGAUGCCAACAAAAUCUUGAUAUUUACCCAUAACGUAAACAUGACAGUACACUAUAUAUAUACUUGUGGGUAGUUCGGAUUAGUGUGGAAUUAGUUCGGAUUAGUUUGGAAAGAACUGAUGAAAAUAUCCAUUAUAGAUAAAGUUUGUUUCGUUUUUCUGUCUACUAUAACCGUUCUUUUUUCUAAUUCCCUCCUCAUCAAGCUUUACGAUUGCCCAAAGCUUGCCUACUCAAUGUCGGUUUGUAUUUUUUUUUCUUACAUAAAGAAUCAGAGCUACGGUCAUCCAGUUCCAGUUCAUUGCAGGCUCAGAUGGCCGUUGUCUCUCCAGACUCCUCGUCAUUUGGUAUCGGUCAACUGAUGUAUAAUCUAAAUAAGCAGUCUAUAGGAGAGGAUGAUGCACAUUCGGAAGUCAGUACAGUCUUAAGUUCUGCCAAUGAUGAUUCGCCUUUCACGCAAAGCCGUGUACUUGGUGACCAGUCAAAAGGGUAAAGAGUAGACUUUCCCAAUCAUACAGAUUACUAAAGUGGCACUUUCGUCAAAAUUUUUAUUUUCUUAAACGGAAAUGCUCUUAAAACUGUAUACCAGUAACUUGUUUGAAGAUGUUUGUUCCCUUGCUUAGUUCUUGAGUUCUUGUUUGUAACCAUGUGACGUCGUUUACUCAAUUACAUAUAUAAUGAAGUAUCAGUAAUUUUUGCAUAUCUUUGCUAUUUUUUAUCAAAAUCUUUCGAAACAUGCGGCGCGUUUGUUAAUUUAACCUACAUCAUUAAGCAUACUGGUUCAAAUUCAUCAAAAAUAGCAAAGAUACACAAGAAUUACUGAUAUCUCAUUAUAUAUGUAAUUGAGUAAAUGACAUCACAUCAAUAUCUCAAGAACUAAGCAUGGGAACAAAAAUCUUCAAAACAAGUUACUAUACAGUUUUAAGAGCAUUUUCGUUUAAGAGAAUAGAAAUUUUGAUGACAGUGCCACUUUAAGAAUAGAGUGGGCGGGGAAAAUUGAUUAGCUGUAAAAUCUCGUUCUCCCAUUGCAAACUAUCGUUCGCGGAUCCAAAGUUGCGAUGCUUACGUAUAUACAGCGAUAAAAAUUCUACUGCUCUGAAAACAUGGAUUUUUUUCUAGUUUCAGCGUCGUUAAAGCAAGGACUAAAAGUUCGAAAUCGAUAAGAAUACUUGGACUUUAGUACUUUUAAAUUUUUGUCAUUUUUCAUAAUACAAAACGUUCCUAUAGAAACACUUGAAGCAAAAUGAUAAAAGUAAUUAUAGUUAUACAAAUUUUGAUUGAUAAAUAUAUGUUCUACCUGGUUGCUGUGUGGGACUCUGUUCGUCUAGAAUAUAGUAAUUUCAGACAACUUUUAAACGCCAUGAGAGGUGGUGAUAAUCUAAGUAAUUCUGGCAAGUUGUUCUAUAGAGAAAUGCUCCACAAUAAGAAAAGGAGCGCUUUAGGUAAUCAGUAUUAAGUUUAGGAAUAAACAACUUGCCAUUAGAAUUCCUGAGAGAAUUUUACUGACACCUUCUAAUUAUUUCUCUAAUAAUUACUGACACCUAAUUAAUUCUCUGAUAAUUAUCCAAUGGAUUUGGCUCAUAAACUAGACUAAACCUAAUUAAAUUAACACAUUGACAGAUUCUAACAGUAAGCUCGAUGAAAGUGAAUGCAUUCUUAGCGCAACGAACGCCUCAUGAUCCUCAGUUAACACCAGAUGGAAAAACUUCUUGAUCACACAUAUCUUGAUAUCGGAACUUGUUUGCAGAUCUGUAACAACCAGUGGCGAAAUAUUUGAGGGAGGGGGCAUUACAUUCCGAACAGUUGCCCACCUUUUGCAACUGUGAAUAUUUGUUCUUUAAAUUUUUCCCCCUUAAAUUUCAUUACAAUUAAUGGCAUAUUUAUAGCCUACCAAUUCACUAUGAUUGAAAAAUUAUAAGUACAGCUUUGUUAUGCAGUUAUUCAACUGCCAUUCAAAGGCUUUCGGAAAUUGUUGGGGGCAGUUGCCCCUGCUUGCAGUAAGUGAUCUGCCGUUAAAGUAGCUCUAUAUUGAAAUUAUUUCCUGUGAUAUUAUGUGUAAAUUAGCCAUCAGAUUCGCUGUUGAAGAAUAUGUUCUGCAUUUCUUCUUUUUUAAGUUUCCUUCUGUGUAGAAUAUAGAUGGCUUGCAAAUUUUAGCAAGCACUUUCGUGACCAAUUCAAGUAUGCAUGUCAUUUUAACAAGGAAAAACAAAACGUACCGAACUAAAUUGCAGCCCGUAUAGCUCUGACCAAAUGUAAAUAAUUUAAAGUUAAUUCAAAUUAUAAUUUAUUUUAGGGGUACAAUGGAGACGGAAAUCACAAAAGUGGCUUCAGAAAUUACGAAAGAAUUUGAAAUUCCUGGUCAAGAAGAUGACGUUGAUUCUCCUUCUGUCACGAGUUCUACACCCAACGCUACAGUGGGUAAUGUUAGUGAACCGCUGGACAUGUAUAACGCAUUCGAGUUUUGUUCCGGCUGUGGCCUUCGUCUGGAACAGUUUGACGAGGAGACGAUCAAUAUGUGUAUUAUUGUGCUAUCCACAUUUGUACAUAGAUAUCCUGUUGUGUCCACGCCUUGGUUAUUGAAGAUAUUACUUUGUGUGGGAAGGUAAAUGUCAUGUGAGGUUAAUAUAUAUCGCAUUCAUAUCACACCUUUUCUCGAUCAUAUCACACCCUUUCUCGAUCAUAUCACACCCUUGAACCUUUAAUCGACUGAUGAGUCAACAACUUUGAUUUCGAGAAAGGUACUAGUCGGAAAAUGUGGAGGUUCAGGUUCUCUCAAAAGAAUUACAAUCAUUGAUGGUUGCGCAUAGCGUAAGAUAUAUGGUUUUAACCACGUACAGUAUACACGCUUGUAAGAUAUGUGGUCAUAACACAUAAUAAUUAACAAUUAUUGGAUGAGGUUUUUGUGAUAUGCGGAAUUAUCAAGGUCGAGGUAAGCUUACAUUAUCAGCCGAGCCGAAGGCGAGGCUGAUAACGCUUAACGAGACCUUGAUAAUUUUGCAUGUCGCAAAAACCGAAUUCAAUAAUCGUUUUAUUAUACAUUUGUUUGUGUUAAAUAGGUCCCGCUUGGCGCUUGCUAAUCAUCGCAGGCUCAUUUGCAGAUAACUCAGUUAUAUAUGCUAGCAGAUAACUGAAUUUUCUGUAGGUUGCGUGAUUGCGCGAUUUAACUGUAAGCUCUAAGCCAAUCAAAUUGUUUUUACGAACUACAAUGUUGGUAAUGGACCAAUCCCAUAUUAAUCAAAAUUUUGAACUCAACAAAUCUAGACAAGAUUUUCAUCACAGCUUGAAAGAGCAUCACAAAAUUAGCAAUAUUCCAAAGUUUCGUUGCGAAAUGCUGUAAAAUGCGGAGAAUGAUUUGGCUUUGCGAAAUUUGCAAUUUUCGGUCAUUUUGUAUUAUAAACGGGAAUGGUUACCACUUCCGUGCGUAAUACAAAAUGACUGAAAAUUACAAACUUCGCAAGGCUAUAUUAUCCGCAUUUUACAACAUUUCGCAACGAAACUUUGGAAUAUUACUAAUCUUGUGAUGCUCUUUCAAGCUGUGAUGGAAUUUUGUCUAGACUUGUUGAGAUCAAAAUUUUGGUUAAUUGGGGGAUUGGCCAUUGGCAUGCAGAAAGACAAUCUGGAGUUUUAGUUGCGCAUCCAAGUGACGCAUUUUUUCGUCAGAUAAAUUGCAGUUGAACUGAACAUAUAGCUGGGACUGGAAGAAGUAGAAUUUGUAUAUCAAAGUAUUCAACUGUUCAAUCAUCAUUUGAACAUGCAAACGGUUGCUGAAAGAACAAUUUGCUUUAAAUAAGAAUAUAUAUUUCCUCUCCUGUACCCUUCUUUAUUUUAUUUUACAUGCAGAAGACAAGAUAUGCUAGUAAAAUGGAGAGUUGGUGGAAGGUUUGAUUCUGGCCAUGAGUGAAGCAAACUGAAACACAAAUAAUGAUUGAGCAGUUGAAUACUUUGAUAUGCACAUUUUAAUGCUUCGAGUCUUAGCGACACGUUAUCAUUUUACAUGUUAUAGGUUGCUUGUGUGAUGUUACUCUGAGUGUAUAUCCACAACGGGCAAGCUUGAAAAUUAAUGCCUGGCCACGGUGGGAUUCGAAGACUAGCCCAACGCUCUGCCCACUGAGCUACGCAGUCAGGUCGGUUCGAGUAUGCGAUAUUUCGGAACUGAGUCUAGUUCCUUCGAUAUCAGUGUAAUCUAGUAAUCAUGAUAUUUGCUGUGUUGGUGUAAUGUACUCAGGUGAAUAAGAUGCUUGUGUGAUGUUACUCUGAGUGUAUAUCCACAAUGGGCAGGCUUGAAAAAUAUGCUUGACCACGGUGGGAUUUGAAAUAUCGAAAUAUCGCAUACUCGAACCGACCUGACCGCGUAGCUCAGUUGGCAGAGCGUUGGGCUAGUAUUCCAAAGGUCGUAGGUUCGAAUCCCACCGUGGUCAGGCAUAUUUUUCAAGCCUGCCCGUUGUGGAUAUACACUCAGAGUAACAUCACACAAACAUCUUAUUCACCUGAGUACAUUACACCAAAACAGCAAAUAUCAUGUUAUAGGUUAUUUUAUGAUUUAACUGCAAUCUACCCGGACGCAGAAUGCGUCAUUUAGGUGCAUGUAAAAACUCCAAAUUAGCUUAUUGUUCAACUCUGAUUAAAAGCAAAUGCUCGAAGCUGCUCGUUUGGCCAUUCCUAUAAAAACUCAACUCUAUUUACAAAAUAUACAUCAAGGUUGCAGCUAACACGCCAGCCAAUUACAAUCAACACCCUUUCUUGUGAAAUGUUGAUCGCCCUUAGGUUUUACUUCACUGAUUGGUAGGUAACAGUAAAGCGCAGUGCAGAGUCGCAAGGUCAUAAUUGCACGCGUAAAAACGCUCAGGUUGUUGCAACAUUGGUGAAAACAGGAUUGAACAAUGCUUUGCUUCCCAUAUUGUUCACAGUUGUCAACAAUAUUGAACAAUAUUGUUACACCCGAUUCAGGCUCAACAAUAUAUAUUGUUCAAUAUUGUUGACAAGUGUGAACAACGUGGGCAGAAAAACAUUGCUCAAUCCUGUUAAGCAGCGGGCUCGGCGUUUUUUGCCGUGUACACUCAUAGAUACAUUAUGUACAGUAAUGCAUGCAUACUUCAUGUAGUUCAAUUUAAGGGGAUUGCUGCACCACCCCUAAAAGUUUAUCCAACUCCUCCACAAUUUCCAGCAAAUUUCUUACUGUAGUUCAUUGAUUUUGUGCAUUCAUAUCUGACAGGUGGUGAUGAAGAACAAUUACGCCCGUAUUCUAAAAGCUCACUCACACUCAAUGAGUGGAGGUUCAAUCUGAGCUUCUCUCGAGUGUCUAGAUUGUUUUUGAAUAGCUGGUCGAUUAGUGUCCUACCUUAAUAUGUGACUGCUCACCCUCCAGCUAUUCAAAAACAACAUUGACCCUCUAGAAAAGCUCAGAUUGAACCUCAUUGAGUGUGAGUCUGAGUGAUCUUUUAGAAUACGGGCGUUAGUUGUUCUGAUUAUAUUUCUUGUUCGUUUUUAAAGGAAAGUGAUAGAACCAGUUUAUCAUUGGCAGGUUAAAAGGUUAGUCGAACCGUUUAAUAUCAUUUUAUUUUCUGACAAGCUGUUGAGUUUGUUGUUGUGUAAUUGUUGAAUUGCAGACUGAGUUGGAUUACAACGCAUGAUGGACAUAUAUUGUUUGCAGUUUUGUUAAAUAUUGAUUGCUAUAUUUCUGCAAGAUAAGAACCAUAGAAUAUACGUACUGAACCGUUUCCUAACAUGAAACGCCUGAAAACCCCAAUCCGUUAAAAGCAUAAAUUCAAAAUUUCACAUUAUUGCUUCUUUAUUUCUUCUCUUUAGCAACACCAUAACACCUCUAUCCAGCGUGGAGAUUGCAAAACAAUUUUUACGUUGUGUUUUGGUUCAAUUUGCGCCCAAUGGUCUCUUUCCUGAAUUAUUUAGAACACAGAUUGAAGGUAAGUAUUUGACAGUAUUGAUGUUCUUUUAAUUCUGCGCCUCUUCUUAUUCUAGUAUACAUUUCCUUGCAUAGAUCCAACGAUAUUUCCAGCCAUUGCAGCAGCGUUAUGUGAUUUCCCGCAGUUCAAUCAAAUGGGACCAAUUGCGUAUCUCUUGAUGGUAGGCUUUAACACGAAUAAAGUAGUUGAUAAAGUGUAUAAAACAAUCAAUCGAAAAUCCAAGAUAUAGAUGGCACGUCUUACAAAGAUACAUGUCUUGCAAAUGUGAUCUUGAUUUAAAGUUAAAUUUACGUUUUGAUUUUUCGUUUUCAAUUUACGUUGUUUUUAUUUUUUUUGUUUUCAUUUUUCGGUUUUUGUUGAAUUCUUUAUUUUCUUGAAAGUAGUUAAUUAAGGUGGCUACUUCUCUAAACUCCUCGCUGGAGGAGAGACCCUGGGAGCCACAAAUAUGUCCCCUGGGAGGGGUGGUACUUUUUAAUGUAUAUUUUUCGAAUGUUUCUGGUCUAUCGCGGAACCCCAAAGUCUACAAGACCUAGAGCCUGUUGUAGGACAGCGAAAUUUUCUUGGCGGAGUAACCAAAGAAGACAUUACAGUGUUUUCACAUUUUUUUCGAAACAGCUUGCCUUUAGUUUCGAAAUGCGCUUGCUUUGUACUACGAUUCUUCUGGAUGAUACAGUGUAUACACUCUCACUGGGAAACCAGGUGCUAUAAAUGACCCGAUUUACAUUUACGCAAAUAAAGUACGAACCUUCCCCUCGAUCCCUAGUGGUCAAUAUCCAGCAUUCACUAGGGUCUCUAGGGUCUCUUUCUCCAUCGAGGAGCGGUAGAAAAGAGAGCCUGGGUGCGAGGUUGAGUCUUGUGCUGUCGGUAUAUAAACAAAUAGGAAAGGUUUUUUGCACUUUUAUUGUCUAUUUCACAAUCAAACGACAGCUUUCAGGUUUCAAGAUUUCAUGAAUAGCGGCUACAGAAAAUCCGUCUUGUAUAGUAUUUCUUGAAAUUUUGAUGUUUCACUAAUGUGCUUUGCAAAUGCGCAAAGUUUAAAAAUAUUUCCCCCAAGGAAACGCGAGAAAGUCCAGUUGAAGCUGAUAUCGAUUCAAUGAUCACUAUUUGCACGUGCAUGUAAAUUAUAAUGCGUGAAGAACACGAAACGUUUGGUUUAUAGUUGGAUUUUUAAUUAAUUUUUAUUUUAGUUUUUGGCUUACAUAUAUCACACAGAUAUUUAUUUAUUUAUUUGGGAUAUGUUCAAAAUACGAAACAUUAAGAACACAUGCAAUAACGCACUGAAUUAAUCAAACGUUUCUUCGCUCUUCUGUUGUAUAUAUAAUAGGAGCUUCUAAUACAUGUCUCUGCACAUUUUUCGAGCAUUUGUUUCGGAUUUAGCUUAAGAUCUUUCACAAAGGUUUUUCCUUUCACAAAGGAUUUAGUUCAAGAUCUUUCAUCAACGAAGAUAACUCCGAGAAAAUCAAAUCCACUUCUUUACUUUUGUCAAUGAUGUUUUCCUUUAAGUACGCAUAUCUAUUUUUCUUGUAAUUCCGUGACUUCAGAAGGUUGGUUUCAAAGCAGUUCCAAUAUGAACAAUUUCGAAGUUGUAGCCAACACUAAAUCUGGCCGUUGGCCACAUGUCAACAAUGCGUCCGUACUCUCAUUACCGGGUAUUGUUUAGUGUUUAAUGAAUUUGAUUUGUUGCUAAAUACAUUAAUUUAACUAUUCAAAAAUAAUAAAUAUAUAAACAUUGAAAUCACGAUUAAUAUAUUAGCAACAAGGAAGCCUAAAAUGAAACCAACAGGCUUAUUUAAAUUUAGGCUCCCUUUGGACACGCAUGCAUUUGGGGUAAUGAUUAAUAUUUAUUCUAUUUACAUAAUAUUAAUUUUGACAUACAAGAGUACAUGAUCAUCAUAUCAAUAACUCGUUAUAUAACACAGUAUUUACAGUUACGAGAGGGUGAUGAAUUUCAAUAUUUAAAGAAGAAAAAAGCUUUAAGUUUUCUUUUAAAUGAAAUUAAGGAAGUAGCAUUAACUAAUUCUAAUGGAAGAGAGUUAAAAAGUUUUGGGCCCUGGAAUCUUACACAAAACUGUUUGAUAUUUGUUCUACAUAAUAGCACAUGGAAAGCUUUCGAAUGUCUAGUGUCAUAAGUAUAGACUUGUUUAUUUAAAACAAAUAUACUGUUAAAACCUUUCGGCAAAAGAGAAUUUUUGUGACAAUACAUAAAUUGACCUAAUUGCAGCAAACGAAUAUCUUCGAAUUUCAAUAUGUUUAGCUUUUUUAAAGAGCGGGUCAGUAUGAGAAUGAAAUUCGCUCUUGUUUAAAAUUCUAAUAGCUCGUUUUUGCAGCAAUACGAUACGGCACUGGUUGGACGAGUAUGUCGAAGCCCAGACGAAGUAACAGUAUUCAAGAUAUGGAUAAAUGAUUGAAUAGUAUAAAAUACGUAAAGAGAUAUCAAAUAAAUAAAAACUUGACCUAAAAAUUAUUCCUAUUGAUUUUGAUAUUUUAUUUGCUACAUGAGAGAUAUGUGACUUCCAAGACAGUGUUUCAUCCAAAAUUACUCCUAAAAACACUGUCUCAUUUACCUGUUCAAUACUGCGAUUGUUAAGUGUCAACUGAACAUCGGCAUGGGUGACGUGUUUUCUGUCUUGGUUUAAAUAUCAUGAAUUUUGUUUUCGUUAAAUUUAAGGAAAGUUUGUUUACAAUAAACCAAUCGGACAGUUUUCUUAAUUCUCUGUUCAAAACAUUGUUCAAUAAGUCUUUAUGUGAAAAAAUAUGCUCGUAUCGUCGGCAAAUAGGAUUAGGUCUACGAGUUUUGAUACAUUAGCAAUAUCAUUAAUAUAUAAUAGAAAGAAUAAAGGACCAAGUAUCGAACCCUGAGGUACUCCACAGGUUAUAUUUUUUGAAGCAGAGAAACAAUCACUGAAUUGAACAAAUUGAAGUCUCUUUGAAUGUUUGCAUGGCGACAAAAUAUAAUUGUUUUUGUUUGUGCUUACGGAUCGAAAGCUUUGCAGUAAUAAAUUUACGUGGUGUUUCCACAAACAAAAACAAUUAAAUUGAAGUCUAUUGGAAAAGUAACUUUUUACCCACUCGAAAGCUAAACCACGAAUCCCGUAAUGUUUUAGUUUAUGAAAAAGAAUGCUGUGGUUUACUGUGUCGAAGGCUUUCGAUAAAUCUAGAAAAAUCCCAACCGCAAUUUCUUUUUGAUCAAUCGCAGUUGAAAUCUUAUUAUACAAAUCUACUAAAGCAAGAGAAGUUUAAUGAUUUUUGUAUCUGCGAAGCAGAUAUAUUGCUGUCGCAAACGUAAUGUUACCGUAUCCCUAGCCAUUCAGCGACGAGCUUAUAUAAUUGAGCCAAUUAAAGCCAAUCAGCGAUUAGUUUACAUCAAUUGUUUACGUCUUGCCCGCAUCUAACCUGCGAACGGGCAUAGAUUGGCCUCGUGUAUAUUCUUUCAAAAAUAUCUUGGUUUUAUCAAUUUAUUUCGAAUUUGUUGUGUGUUUUUUCGCCAUUCUACUUGCGAUAUUAUUCCGAAAUUAUUUAUCACCAUCGAGACUUAUCCUCAUCUGGUAAGUAGUCAAAUACCACAUAUUUUUAUUAUAUAUUUAAAUACAAAAUUGGUGCAAAUACCACGUAUAAUUUUGCAUAUUACACUGUAAAUAUUGGAUAACGUAGUUCACAAAAAGAUUUAUCAGUAAAACAAUCCUUCUGUGACUUCUGUAAUAUUUUAAACAGUCAAAACAUAGCAGGUAAUGUUGCCAAUGAACAAUAUCAAAGGAAACUAAUGGUCUCAGGAGAUAUUGAAUUAAAUCCUGGUCCUGUACUCCUGUAUUUCUGUAUGAUUAACUCUGUAUAAACUCUGUUCAAAACAACAGUCCAACUAAGCUGUCAUCAAAUGUAGUGUUUGAGGUUAAAGAUGUUAUCAGUUAAAAUACUUAAUACAUUUUGGUUUUAUAAUUUUAGAGUUUAUAAUUAAACAACAUUUUUACAAACAUUUUCAAAUGCUACUCCUGAGCCUCAUUACAUUGUCAUUUUGCUUUCUAACAUAAAUGUUUUGUUUAGAGAUUUAUAAUACAAGAAUGAUGAAUAAAUGUACUGGAUAUUGGCUGGAUAAUUUUGUCUGAACAACCCACUUGCAUGACAAUCUUACCUAAAUGCAUUAGUAUGGAAAAUAAGUAAAUAACUUAACAGCUACAAUGAAUAAUCAUAUAUUAUAUGGAUGGAUCUGAUCAAUGGCACACAAUGUACAAAACUAAACUUGUGAUACCUUCUACUCAAACCAAUCUGCUCCCACAACACAAAUUGUUUUUGUGUGGAUAUACUGUGUUAAAACGAAAACAGUGUGGCCUAUUAUUAAUUGUGCACACAACUGGAAUUGAAUUAUAUACUUCACUCAUGACCUUCAAAACAUUCUCUACUAUUCAGUGGUCUUCGAUAUAUAUGAUUGACCUCUUUGCUACAGUAAUGCAUGUUCCUCAAAUAGUUUGUGUAUGUUACUCAAUAGUUAACAUUGGCAUGUGUAAACAACAAGUGACAGAAUGUUUGCUUCAUAUGAUUACAAUAAAGUUUUGCAUGACAUUUUUAUUUCCUGGCUGCAUAAUUAUCCAUUACAAUCAUAAUCACAUGAUAAGAUUAGUUAAAUUUUCUUGGCGGGUAGCAUUGGGUGGGUGGGGGGCAGUUGCCCCUGCUGCUCUCCCUGCUAUAUGUGUACAGCCAUGUUAGAUGUGUAUUAUGUAUGACUUUAAAAUCUUAUUUGCUAUUAUAUUUAUUAUUAUAAGUGAUGAAAUAUUUCAAUAAACCUUAUGCAUAAUGACGUCACAAGACUUGAUGCCCGUGAGGAAUGCUGGUCUUAGUAGUUAUCGCCCGGGAAAAUUAAACAAUUCAAAAUGGCCACUAUAGAAAUUUUACAGGGCGAUGACUCGCGGGCAUCAAGCCUGGUGACGUCAUUAUGCAUAAGGUCUAUUUCCCCAUGUCAUCUUCAUUAUUCAAUUCCUUUCAAGAAAAUACAAAAUGUGAGUCAAGUUUUUCGCAGAUACAUGUACGCGUCGCGUACCUAUUUUUCCGAAAAUCGUACUGUUAAUAAGAUAAUAUAUUGUAUUUAUUAAAGUAUUCCAAAAAACGGUUAUAGAUAAUUCUUUCUAUGAAUUUGGAGAAACUAGGAAGUAUAGAGACUGGUCUGUAGUUUGUGAAAACAUCUCGAUCUUCAGCUUUGAAAAGAGGAAUUACCCGAGCAAUUUUCAUCUCAUCGGGUACAAUGCCAUGAGUUAUGGACAGAUUAAUAAUGUGAGUCAGUGGUUGAGAAAUUGCAUUGAUUGAUUGUUUUAUUAUCGACAUAGGAAUUUUAUCAAAACCUACAGCUUGUUCUGACUGAAAACUGGAAGCCAUGUCCAGGAUCUCGGAUUCAGUUGCUAACUUAAGGAAAAUUGAAUUUGGAAAAUUUCCGGAUAAAAAGGUUUGAUGAGAAUUAGGAGAAGUUGGGAUUUUUUUAGCCAGGUUGGGGCCAAUAUUAGUAAAAUAAUCACAAAAUCUAUUAGUAAUAUCUACAUAAAGCCUCAUAUUGGUGGUCAAUAUUGAGGAUAGGUAUAGUACAUAAUGCAAUUCAGAACCGAGUUAUGUCUCCACAAGUAGCCCUGUUGGUUGUCUGCUGCAAUAUUAUUCAUAUUGCGCAAAUAUCCAUAUGUAUAUGAUCAAAUGCACAUUAGAACCUAAAUAAAUUAGACUACAAUGUUAAAUAUUUUUAUAUAUGUGAUUAAAAUGCCGAGUAUAUACCAAAAAGUACUAAUAAAAAGCUAAUAUAUAAAUAAUGUGUCUUCAGCAAACUUUGAAUAACUAUAUAUAAAUAAUUUUGAAUAACUUCAUAACAUCAUACGGCAGUUCAUUCCAGAUUAGAUGCCGCUUUCAAAAAGGCAAGAUGAUCACCGAAUGUCUUUUUGUUCUAGCUCUUGGCGGUUGUAAGCACAAUCCAUUGUUAUUCCAUCUAAGAUUAUAUCCUCUGGAUUUUUUAAGACUAACAAACUCUCUUAAAUAAGCUCUCUUACUCGUUUUGGAUAUUUAUCCCAAUUACCCGAUAUGCAAAAAUAAAACGAUUGAACUGAUUAACGUUUUUACAUAUAAGCUUCAGCUAUGCCUUCGUUGUUACUUACAGUGCUUUACAUGACUUGUUGUUAUUGCUAAAAUGAUAUUGCAUUAGAAAAAUGGAAAACAUUCUCCGUACGUGCAGUUACAGAAACACGCGUGGGAGAAAUAAUCAGUGGGGAAACGAGCACAAAGGGUGUGUUUUCCACGUUAAUUCGAGUUCUCCCGAAUAACUACACGUGCUUCUAUAAUGUAUAUAACUCAAGAAACGUUUUUAUAGCCAUUUUCUAUAUCGAUUAUUUACAAACCUUGGCAUAAAAUCCAGUCCAUCGGUUGCCCAGUUGUCAAGAUCUCUUUUUUAAACCGAGAAUUCUUUUUUUUGUGGUUCCCUAAAGGUUCGCAAAUAUCAUUGUUAAAAGUUGAACAUUUUUCCAACAGAAAAUUUGUGGAAAUGGGCCUUAAUUCUGUUUUUAAACCAUGUGUUAUCAGACUUUCUUUCAAUUAUACAGCGCGAGCAUGUUAAAAUUGUGGUGUUUACGUUUUAAAAUCAAGGCUUCUAGACGGGAAAUUUCUUGUGUAAUUCCAUACAGUUUUUAGAAACACGAUUCUCCACCAAUGUUAUAUUUAUCAUUUAUAGAUCUGGAGCGUGAGGGAUUCGGCGAAUUAUUACCCGAAGUGAUGAUAUUUCUCGAGGGGCUUUGCCCCGAGGGAAAUAUCAUCACUGGGGGUAAUAUUUCGUCGAAUCCCCCGAGCCGAGGGUCUAUAUAAAUGGAUUUUUUUCCCAGAAAAUUAAAAGCCUCCAAAGUUGAGAAUAUAAAAGUUGACACAUAUUUUCGCUAAUACGAUGGGUUUUUUUUAUUAACGUAAGUAUUUGUCACUUUUCCUUCAAAUCACAUAUCGUUUGGAGUAUUGAUAAAAUUUUUGAAAAUGUCUUCAAAAUUUUGUCGGCCAUCUUGUUUGCGUUAUCUCCGCGCCGAUUUUAGGACGGGAACGCGACGACGACGGCCAAAACAAACUCCUUCAAAUAAAUGGUAGUAAAGAUAAUUCGUCGUAUAUUAUCAAUCGUAUGAAUUAAAUACAGUCUUAGAAGUUGAAGACAUGGUUGGGAAGAGUUCGGCUGAACCCAGUUUGAAGUUGCACUUGUUGCGGCUUGAAAUGCAGCCGUUGUAUCAAGACGUGAAAAUUUGUGAUUUGGCGUUGUAAACAGAGCGUAGACAACGUCUAAAUUAUUCAUAUAUUGUAAUUAUUCAAUUCUUUUCAAUGAUCUAUUGUAUUGGUAGCCGUUGCCGUCCUAAAAUCGUAAGGUCUCUGAUGUCACUUUGAUGUCACUUGGGUGACAUCGUCAAAUCGCCAUGUGAUAUAAUUGAAGUCACCCGCUUAUGUCAAAUAUACGAUGACCUAUUAGGCGCGAUUCGAUGAAAAAUUUGAUAAAGUGGUUCUUGUAUUUUGGGUGCUUAAUUGCCUAUAAAUUUCAGAUUAAUUCUGUAUUCCUAGGGUGUGAGUUCAAAAACAAUCCCAGAUCGUCUUCAAAUUCUGCUACCCAACAUGGCGGCUUACCUGAAGAAUGUGAAGAAACAACCUGCAGAAAUGUGGAAAGGACAACUUUUGAAAUUCAUCAGAUUUUUGCAGAAACUCGCUCCUUUUAUCCCCAAGAACGUAAGUCAAGUGCCAGUAAUGACAAUAGCUUUAAUUAAUACUGUUUUUUGUAUACACCAUUAUAUGACAAAACGCAAAGAAAUAAAAAUUAGAAAAUUUAAAAGAAAUACUGUAUUUCUUUUAAAUUUUCUAAUUUUUAUUUCUUUGAGUUUUGUCAUAUAAUGGUGUAUACAAACCUUGAGUACAAGACCUUGUAUUUUUACCGAACAUUAAUUCAAAGCAAUUAGAGCUGUCAAAUGACUACAGUAUAGCUAAUUUGAAUUUGAAAGGGUUCAGUUUUUUAUACACACUGUAUUAUGGGCAAACAAUGCUUUUCAAUAUAUUUACAAUAGAAGUGUGAACACUGCAAUUUUUCAACUCGAUUCAAACACGGAAAAUGCUUUUCUAAUGCAAAACCCUCCAGGUCACCAGGAAAUGCAAAAAAAAAUAUUCCCUUAUGAACUACAAGAUAUCAUACUAGAAAAAACUGAUUGCGAACUGGAUUUACGUGUAUAGUAUUUUGAGCAAUUGAAAUUUUUAAGCAAACGUAUUUUAGCCCUAAACAAAAGUUAGGGGCUGUUUAUAUGGUCCCGCUUACCCGGGAUUCAAUGAAGUAUGACGUAUUUUGAGCAAUUGAAAUAAGUCGCAGUUCAUGAUCUAACAAAAUAUAGGCCUAUUGCUUGUUACAAAUUGUAUGAAAUUCCAUGUUUUAGACAAAAAACAAAUUAUGUUGAAUGUUAUUAAUCGUCUUCUUCCACUACAUAUAACUUCUAGCGCAGCGCUUUCCUAAUUUCGUUUAAACAAUAUUUAUCAUUUAUAGACCUGGAGCGAGGGGGAUUCGGCGUAAUAUUUGCCGAAGUGAUAAUAUUUUCCGAGGGGCUUUGCCCCGAGGAAAAUAUCAUUACUGAGGGAAAUAUUACGCCGAAUCCCCCGAGCGGAAGGUCUAUAAAUGAUAUAUUAUACCGAAAGUUAAAGAACUCAUUAAGAGUCUAUUAAGUUCAGAAUAAACUUUAAAACUUGCUGAAUAUUAAUAACGACGCGAAUACAAUUUUUAAUUUCUUAUCUAUGCCUGAGUUUUUGACGUUUUCUCCUUAAAAUAUUUGAGCAAGUAUCCUUUGGAUCGUUAAAUGUAACAUACGUGUUGAAAUCUUUGGUUUACUUAAUAAAUCUUCUGACAUGUAGUUCUGUACGAAAUUAAUACAAACAACAGCUCGCGAACGCCAUAUUGUUUCAGACAGGGUUUCAGAGCGUGAUGUCCACGCGUCGCGCGUGAGCGUGGGAUACUAUAAUAUCCCACGGUGGAUCUGCCGUGGGAUAUUAUAGUAUCCCACGCUGGAUUGCGAAAUCAUGAAUUUGAGUGAAAUACCGUAAAGAAUCACACUAUCACGUGGUACAAAUGCUGUUUUUUCAUUGGACAAUUUGAAUUUGAGGUAUAAUAUUUAAAGUUAUCUAACUUUUGUUUAAGGCUGAAACACGUAUUUCAAUUGCUCAAAAUACGUCGCACUUCAUUGAAUCAUAUAAACAGCCCCAUUGAUAACUUUAAAUAUUGUUUAAACCAAUUAUGUAAGAUGUAAGGUAUCUGUUAAUAUUGAUGAUAUGCAUAUUAUUAUUCUACCCGUACAGUACAGACAAGGAUUGCUUGUGUAAUAUAUGUAGUAUUGACUAUUAAUAUUACGUAAUUGUCAGUCUCACGACAUUUCUUAAGUAUGUUCUUUACUGAUUGUACCAGAACGAGCUCGUUCACAGGAAAGAAACGACCAUAGGAGACAAGAACCACCAAACCUACUUCCAGCAAAUAUACCUGUGGCACAACCGAGAACAAGUCGCUAUGGAAGAAUAAUAAACCAAAAUCCAAACUACAAGACAUAAACUUAAUUAACUGCACUUCAACUCCAGAUAUCACGAUGUGAACCAUUUAGUGAUACGCAAAACUUUAUUUCACAUUUUGUUUAUGAACUUUCAAUAAUGAUCUUAAAUAUUAGGAAAGGGGGGAUGUAAUAUAUGUAGUAUUAACUAUUAAUAUUACGUAAUUGAUUGGUGCAUGAUUGACAGAUCCAACUUAGAUAUAGACACAUGCACGGCUUCGAGAUACCUCUUUUGUGUACUAGACUGCAACUGUAAACGUCUAUUAUUAAAUACAUAUUCAAUCUUUAUACGUCGGCUAUUACAGCUUGUACGUUGCCCCCAAAUCGAAAAUAAAAAAUCGGGCACUGUCAAUCGAUGCGAAGUAUCGUUUAAAACAACAUCCUGCCAAAUUUCAUGACGAUCGGAUUCAAAAUGAAGGAGACUUCGAACAGCGUCGUUCCCUAUAACAACAGCAAGGAGACCAGUUCCUUGUUCAAAAAGAACUAACAUUGUUUUCUUUCUCUGAUUAUUACAGCUUGACCAUGCAUCAUUUGCUGCACCAUAGUGCCUAUUGUGGAAACCCAAUUAUUUCUGUAUUUUCUUAUGUAUUCACAUGUUUUAAUUUCUAGAAUGAUGCAACACCGGUCUUGUGUAUAAUGUUGUCAUUCAUAAGUGCUGCCAACUCAUCAUUUAAGGUAUAGGCGUUAUUAUGGAGUUUUUCACAUUGUCAACAGUGCUGUUAUUUGCUUGCC